AUGUCCACCGAGAGCUGGCCGCCACAACUGAAAGAAUGGGUCGCGCAAUGUUUGGGCCAGAUGACCGAGUCGAAUAGGGCAGAAGCGCAGGCAGAAUUGAAACAGGUGAUAGCUGACUCUUUCGCCGCGAAGACACUUUGGACGACGGAUUGGGCCGGGGUACAAUUGAAGAGCUUGGUCCCAAAGCCGCCACCCGUAACAACGUCUUCGACCCUCAAGCGCAAGUCAAAUGAUGGUACCCAUACGAGCAACAAAAAGACCAAGAAGACGUCCAUAGGAAAGUCAGCCGCCUCGAGUAUGUUCGAUCCGAAUGACCUGGCCGCGCUCAACCGCAGGGCCGCACGCUUCCAACGAGAGCAUGAGAUUGAACGGCAGAAAAGUUCGCGUCCAUUCGGCAACCAUAGUUCCACUUCCUCGUACCCCUCGCACGCUAACAACCACCUCUUCAAAUCCCGGUCUGGAACCCCCGCCGCGUUUGACGGCGCGGACGAACCCGAGACGAGCCUGAACGUACAGGACUGGGACCGAUACGCCAUUGUUGGGACGUCCACUGAGAUAUUCAAGGAUUACUUGCGGCUGACUUCGGAACCUAAACCGGAGCAAAUCCGUCCCUAUCACGUCCUUCAAGAGACAUUGCAGCAGCUCAAGAAGAAGUGGCGCGAGAAGGCCACCUACAAUUGGAUAUGCUCCCAAUUUAAGAGUUUACGGCAGGAUCUUACCGUGCAGCGCAUCAAGAACGAGUUUACCGUGACAGUUUAUGAGAUCCAUGCUCGCAUGGCGCUGGAAGUGGGCGACAUGGUGGAGUACAAUCAGUGUCAAGCGAUGCUCCGGAACCUCUAUGAGCUCGGCAUCCCCGGAAAAGUGGAAGAAUUCACGGCAUAUCGAAUAUUGAUGUUGCUGCACGGACGGAACCGCAGUGACUUGAAUUUAUACGUAGGUCAGCUAACAGAACGACAGAAGUCCGAUCCCGCCGUACGGCAUGCCCUCGGCGUCCAACGUGCGGUGGCGAUGGGGAACUAUCAUGCGCUCUUUGACUUGUAUCUGAAUGCUCCCAACAUGGGAGCGUACAUCAUGGAUCAUUUCAUUGAUAGGGAGAGGAUACGUGCGCUCAUGGUCAUGACAAAAGCGUACCGGUCACUACAGCUUUCAUUCAUUCAGAACGAACUCGCGUUCGACACGCUGGCCGCCGCACGGGAGUUCCUCGCCGAACAUCGCGCGGCUUUCUUCCAGAAUCCAAACAGCCCAGACCCCGAGAAGGUACUCGAUUGCAAGCCUGCAGGCAGCCCGCUCGCGUCGGUGUUCGAGGAGAAGUACCGGAAGGUGCAAAUCAAGGGCGCCGUAUAA